ACGUGUGGCGGCGGCAGCGGCGGCCCAGGAGGCAGCCGGUGAGCGCCUGCGAGCACAGUGGCGGGGGCCGCUGACAGGUCCCUCGCAGCCCAGCCCAGCCCAGCCACGCGGCUCACAGGUGGGGUCCAACAGCAGUUUGGAGCAACCCGGCGCGCACGGAGACGGGUGGACGGCUCGGCACGGGCCUCCUGUCUCCCGCUCGGGCAGAGGGACUCGGGGGGACCUCGCUCCUUGGCCGAGAGAACCUGAACCCGGGGGAGAGAACGCGCCCAGGCGGGCAAGGGGACCAGAGAAAGCUGGGGCUGGAGGUCACUGUCGCUCGCCCCUGUCUGGAGCGCACGGAGCGCAGAGGCCCGGCAGCCGCGCGUGCCCUCACCGGGACCGAGCCAGGGAUGCAGGAUCGCUGAGCGGAGAUCCGCGCCGAGAAGUCUCUCCGGGCCGGGACUGAGACGCACGCCUUCGACACCGCUGCCAAGACCCCGAUUGCGGCGACUCUUGCGGGGAACCGGGGGGCCGAGGCUGCCCCAAGCUCAGGACUUGGGCGAGUCUAAGACGAUGGUUUCUUAAGCACGGACCAGCGUUCCCCUUCCCGCCCCCUCGACUGGAGGCAGGGAUCCUGCGCGGGGCCCCCGGGACUCCGUCUCCCCACGGAGUCCCGGCCGCCGCCUCCCGGGACAGUUCGCACGGCCACAGGGGCGCAGGGCGAUGUGGCCUCCGUCCAGCACGCAGGCCUGCCGGGGGGAUGCUCUGGCACCUGUCGGGGUCCAGGCCUAGCAUGGCCCACGCGUUGCCCGACGUCGCCUCCGGCUAGGAUGGCCCCUCCGGGCCCGGCCGGCGCCCUCCCUACCUCGGCCGAGCCGCUGUCCCGCAGCAUCUUCCGGAAGUUCUUGCUGAUGCUCUGCUCCCUGCUCACGUCCCUUUACGUCUUCUACUGCCUGGCCGAGCGCUGCCAGACCCUGUCCGGCCCCGUCGUGGGGCUGUCCGGCGGCGGAGAGGAGGCGGGGGCCCCUGGUGGAGGCUUCCUGGCCGGAGGCCCGCGGGAGCUGGCGGAGUGGCCGGCGGCGGCACAGAGAAAGCGCCUCCUGCAACUGCAGCACUGGCGGAGGCGCAGGCCGCCCGCGCCCCGCGACGACGGCGAGGAGGCGGCCUGGGAAGAGGACUCCCCUGGCCUGGCAGGGGGUCCCGGCGGCUCCGGGGCGGGAAGCAGCGUGGCCGAGGCCACGCCGGGGACCCUGGCGCUGCUCCUGGACGAAGGCAGCAAGCAGCUGCCGCAGGCCAUCAUCAUCGGCGUGAAGAAGGGCGGCACGCGGGCGCUGCUGGAGUUCCUGCGCGUGCACCCCGACGUGCGCGCCGUGGGCGCCGAGCCCCACUUCUUCGACCGCAGCUACGACAAGGGCCUCGCCUGGUACCGGGACCUGAUGCCCAGAACCCUGGACGGGCAGAUCACCAUGGAGAAGACGCCCAGUUACUUCGUCACGCGGGAGGCCCCCGCGCGCAUCUCGGCCAUGUCCAAGGACACCAAGCUCAUCGUGGUGGUGCGGGACCCGGUGACCAGGGCCAUCUCGGACUACACGCAGACGCUGUCCAAGCGGCCCGACAUCCCCACCUUCGAGAGCCUGACGUUCAAAAACAGGACGACGGGCCUCAUCGACACGUCGUGGAGCGCCAUCCAGAUCGGCAUCUACGCCAAGCACCUGGAGCACUGGCUGCGCCACUUCCCCAUCCGCCAGAUGCUCUUCGUGAGCGGCGAGCGGCUCAUCAGCGACCCCGCUGGCGAGCUGGGCCGCGUGCAGGACUUCCUGGGCCUCAAGAGGAUCAUCACGGACAAGCACUUCUACUUCAACAAGACCAAGGGCUUCCCCUGCCUGAAGAAGGCGGAGGGCAGCAGCCGGCCCCACUGCCUGGGCAAGACCAAGGGCAGGACCCACCCUGAGAUCGACCGCGAGGUGGUGCGCAGGCUGCGCGAGUUCUACCGGCCUUUCAACCUCAAGUUCUACCAGAUGACCGGGCACGACUUUGGCUGGGAUGGAUAACCAUAUAAUUUAAAAAGAAAAAAAAAAAUCAAAAUAUAAUAUAUUUUUUUACCAAUCGGUAGAGAAGAGACAGUUUAAUAUUUGUGCUGAAAAUAUGUUUCAGUAGUUUUUUCAAUGAAUGUUAAGAGAUUGUUCUCACUCCCGCCCCAUCUUAAUGUAUAACCAACACCAAACACGUGGAUCAACAGAAAAGGAAAAUUUCCCUCGUCCAAACCCUUUCAAUUUUCAGUUUUUAUUUUAUGUUCUAUAUACCCAGUCAUAAAGUAUAAGCAUCAGUUGUCAUUAAAAGUUUUCAGAAAAUCUUGAGGUUAAACAUCUCUCUCUCUUUUUUAAAUACAAGGCCCUGAUAAAAUUGAUAUCUAUCCUUAUAUUUUUCUCCCUUUUUCCUGCGCCACUUUUUCUUAAAUUAUUUCCCAGUUAGUAUUAUCAUGUUUGUACCCUUCACAGUUUUCAUAGUGCUUUCAAAUACACCUUUUUGUACAUUAAAAUAAAAAAAGAAUCUUG